UUCAACAUUUAUUCAUUUCCUGCAGGCAUCGAGAAGCUACAGACAAAUACUUGUACUCUCUUCACACUGAACAGCUGAAAUGGCUCUAGACGGUAAAGUCGCGAUAGUGACCGGAGGAGCGAUGGGAAUAGGAAAAGCUAUCACGGAGAUUCUUCUGCAAAACGGUGCCAAGGUAGCCCUCCUGGACGUGAACACGGCGGCAGGGGAGAGUUUAGCUGAAGCCCUGAACAAACAGUACGGAGCCGGGCAAACUUUGUUCCUGAGCUGUAAUGUUGAAUCUGAAGAGCAGAUCAAAGCUGCUUUUCAGAAAACCGCCGACACCUUCGGAGGCUUUGAUAUCCUGUGCAACAAUGCCGGCAUCUUGGACGAGAGCACGUGGGAGAAAACGGUCUCCGUAAACCUUAUGGGUGUCAUCAGGGGGACGUACGUGGCUCUGGAGCACAUGAACAAGUUGAGUGGAGGCCGGGGAGGGGUCAUCGUCAACACGGCGUCCAUGGCAGGUCUCGGCCCUUUUCUGAGCUGUCCUGUGUACACAGCUGCCAAGAGCGGAGUAGUCGGCUUCACGCGAGCAAUGGCGGCUGCCUCUGAGGUGUCAGGCUACGGCAUACGCUUCAACGCCCUCUGCCCAGGGUUCGUCCAAACCGACCUCAUGUCCGGCAUCACAAGCAAACUGGGACAGUUCUCCCACCUGGUCGAUGCAGCCCAGCAGCUCAUGGACAAGAUGGGGGUGUUAAAUGUGUCUCAGGUGGCCGAGUGCCUCCUGGAGCUGGUGAAAGACGAGACGAAGAACGGAGAGGCCCUCCUGGUGUCCCCGCAGGGGAAGUCGUAUGUGACUUUUCCAACGUUCUCCCAGUAGCUGCUGGCAGAGACGAAACCCAUAAACGUACAGCGCAUGUCCUCGGAGUGAAACUGGUAAUCAAAACUGCAAAUGCUUCGGUUUUAAUAUCUAAUUAAUAAUGUUUUAAUAUCUUCAGACGGGCAGCAGGAUUAUUUUUCACAUUGUCACUUUGAGCACGUGCCUCUACACUGAUUUCUGUCCAUUUAGUUUGUCAUUAAAGUUUUAUUAAAGUUAUUUUUUACAUAUCAGA